UCGGGCCCGACGACGACGAGAGAGUCCCGGUCUGCCGCCUCCUGCGUUCAGCACGCUGGUGAGGCACGCACCGGCGUGCACCGAGAGACGCGCCGAGAGAGAGAGACUCGCCGCGAGUUCGUUGGCCGACCGUCACCCGCGCGCCCGUUUUUCCCGAUCGCUUCGUGGUGUGCUCGUUGCUGCUCUCGAAGCCGAAGGCGACCCAUUCCGGAUUGAAUCGAGGAAAAGGGCACCUGGACCACCGGCCUGACGAACAGGCGCGAACGCGGCUCGCCUCACCUCGCCUCACCUGGUCUCGUCUCGCCUCGCCUCACCUCGCUUAGCCUCGACUCGCCGUGGCUCGCCUCGUCGACCGGAGGAAAACCCGCGCACCGGGUUCCAGUCGAGAAAUCGACCCGCGUCACCCAGGCUGGCAGGCAGGUGCUAACUCGCGCGUGACUCCGGUUAGCUUCGAGUCAUAGUCGCGCGCCUGCUCGCACUGGCCGGACGUGUUCACCGAGCUGGCUAGAGCCAGUGAGAGAACGCUACGUGUGGACUUGUCCAGCCAGGAUUUCGGACGAUUCAAUCGUGGCGCGUCAAUCGCGAGAUCUGGACCACAAGCCGGAGGAAGCUGAAGAAGAACCUGGACAUUCGCCCGAAGAGCACAUAUUAUAGUGACUACGAAAAGGACUUUAAAUCGAAGGACUCAAAAGGGCUUUGGAAAAAUAUUCAGCGUGGAAACUCUGACGUCUGUGAUCUUGUUGGAGAAAAAAUUCAAGAAUUCACAACUGAAUUGGCUUUUCUCUGGUUAGACUUUAAAAAAAUUGAAGACUUUACUUGGAAAAAUUUGCUCGAAGAGUGAACAGAUUCAAGAGCGAAUGUGAGCUGGUAAAAAUGUGGAGGAUCUGAACAUAUCGUUUAGAAAAUUCAAUAUGUUUUGAAUGAUCCCGAAUAUUGAUUUGAAGAGGAUUCUGAGAUUCUGAGAGGAUUGAAAGUAACUAUACUAUACGUUCGAAGAAUCUUUGCGCAGCGGUUUGUGUGAACAGUUUGUCUAAGACUUGGACCCGUUAGAAGAGUCUAAAGAUCCGUUUGAAGAGAUUCGACAGUGCACAGAGAAGUUUGGAGAACCUCUCGUGAAUUUCAUGGAGAGUUGGUUUCGAUAUUCGCGUCGGCUGGAGAGAAAACCGGGGAGUCCUCAGAAUUCGUCUGGAGCACGAGGAGUGCCGGUGUACCAACGCGGAGCGGAAGUACCGUUGUCUCUGGUCGCGCCGGGGACUCGCGGAUGAACGGCCUUGACGGCGCGAGCCUUGGCGGUCUGGUCCGAACUAGGACAGCGGAGCGUGCGUUCCGACAGAUGAACGGAAGGAUCGAGCGGAACCUUCUUCUGUCGAGCGCGGAGCUGCCUGCGAAGAGCGGUCAGGCGAUCUGAGGCUUUUUAGUUUCCGGUGCGCAGCGAGGUCCGGUUUUGCAUGGGUGUAUACCAGGAGACCGGCAAGCCUCCUCCUAAUGUCACCCCAAAGAUGGCCAGGGAUCGUUCCGGGUCGGACUACUCGGGCCACAUGAGCGACGCCACCACGUGCAGUUGCGUCGCCAGCUCCAUGGACAAGUGCUCGUUACGUGGCUGCGGGAUGUUCCAGGAGCCGUUUUUCCUGCACCCGCCAGGCUCCCGGCCUCGGGACGGCAUCUACAUCAAUCCGAUGAGUGCGUACAUCGGCGAGCCGCCGAAGCCGAAGGACACGGAGUCCUUCUACCUGCAUAGUCCGCACGAUCUCGUUUACACCAGGAUCACCCGGCUGUUCGGCGACGCCGAGAAGCCGCGAAACGGCGUCGCGGCGGAACGUCACGCGGAGAGGAAAGACGAGACUCUGACUGUGAAAGUGGACGUGCACAUCAACAACGGCGGGUUCAACCGGCCGCAUCCCAGCAACGGACACGCGGCCCGCUCCGAGAUCGCCCCAAGGGAAGCCUCGGAGCACGCUUACGAGCAGAUCUGCGUGCGGCAGGAGGAAACUGGCAGCGUUGGCUCGUCGUCGCGCAAAAAGCCGGCCGACAAUACCUCCGACAGCAGUCGUUCCCGUAAAACUGACAGACGAUACAGUCGGUCCAGCAGCGCCAGCGAGUCCUCGAACAUGAGCAGCGAGAUCCACUGUCUGUCUUCGACGACAUCCACCCCCUCCUUGUCGCGACACAGCAGCAAUGAGCGGAUCGGCAAGGGUGUCAAGACGAAUCCCGAAGUGUCACACGAGAGGAAGGACUCGUCCAGCAUGCACGUGGAAAGUGAAAAGGAAACACGAACGGCCGGCAACGGCGGACCUAGUCUUUCGAAACCACCGCCGCCGCCGCCGCCGCCGCCACCGGACGACGACGUGGUGGUCGUCCUGGUGAACGCCAAGCAGAGCGCGGAGAGCACCGGCGCCGCUGAGAAGAAGGAGUCGCGGCCGGGUAACGGCCAGGACGGAAGGAGCGAGUCCUCCGCGACCAACAAGUCCGACGUAUCCUCCGGCGAGCAUCAGCAGCCGGAAGUGCCUCCCGCCAGUGCACCGGUGGACGCGGACGAAAUUAAAGCGAGCCAGGCGUCCCACCUGGUAAACAGGCACAUGGUGCUGCCGUUCAUACCGCCCAAGUUCGCCAACGCGGACUCCAACACCCUGCUGAAGCCGUCCGAGUACCUGAGGAGUAUCUGCAAGGUGCCGUCGAAGAACAGCCUGUCCAAGGCGAGGUCAGUGGACAACUUGGAUAUCCAGAGUCGGAACAACGAGCAGGCUGAAGAGGAAGCGGAAGAGGCGGAGGAGGAAGAGGAGGAAGGUGUGCAAAGGAGCGAAGAGGCCAAGGGAUCUCCCGCUGGCCCUCCGCCGCCGCCGUUGUCUCCUCUGCAGCGAGCACGGGUUAAUCAGGCAGCGGGCAGUGGCGGUAACGAGUCUGAGAGUUCCAAGAACCCGCAACCCUUAGCGACGAUCAGCAUUCAGGAUCUUACGAGUAUCCAGCUACGACGGACCAGCACGAAGAUGAACGCCACCAAGACGUUCUCCGCUCCGCCGCCUCGCAGUGUGUCCAUGACUAACGUUUCAGAGCCGUUCUUCGUGCAAAAGACGGACCUAAUCGCCGAGUUGAAGCGCACCAAGGACAUACCCGGUAUCAAGAAACUGAAGGUGGAGCGGGCACAAGUGGAGAAGACUCAGGAGCAGAACCUCAUGUCGGAGAUCAGCAAGGCCUUCAGCGUCACGAAGUUCGUCGACCAGAUCCCGGAGAAGGACAGCUCGGGAAACAUGAUACCGAUCUGGAAGCGACAGAUGCUGGCGCGGAAAGCCGCGGAGCGCGCGAAGAAGGAGCUCGAGGAGCAAAUAGCGAGGGAAAACGAGGAGAGGCGGCAGAAAGCGAUCCCGCCGUGGAAGCGACAGCUUCUCGCCAAGAAGGACAACGACGAAAAGAGACUAAAUCAGACGCAGCAGACGUCCGCGUCGGCCGCCGCUUCCGCAACCGCCGCCGUCGCCGCCGCCGCCAGCGUCGCCACCGCCACGCCGACCAAGUUCGACGUGACGACGAAACCGAAGAGGGACGUCUCGCCGGCGACGUCGGGCGUCAUCAAGAAGGAGGAGAAACCCGAGGUCGACGAGAAGCGGGAGGACCCGGCCAAGGACGACUCCGACGACGGCCAAAUUAUACCCUGGCGGGCGCAAUUAAGGAAGACCAACAGCAAGCUCAACAUCCUCGAUUAACGAUCGCGCGUCUAAGCACCGCGGCGGAGAGGCGAAAAAAGAUUGGGAGAAGGACACGCGGUGUAGGUAUCUGCGGUUUAUUCCGCGGACGCGAGUCUAUGUAUAAUCGGAGCUAAUGUAAUGUAACUUACGCAACAUGGGUAAAAUGAGCGCGAAGAGCAGGAGGAGGAGGAGGAGGAGGAGGUGUCAGUCUGUUCGCUCUCUGGCAGAGAUAUAAAUGAACAUAUAAGGUGAUUCAUGGUAUUACACAACACACGAAGCGUCUUCGAUACUCUCUAAGACUAGCACAUACAUACGUACGUAUAAGAUACUCCGUUACGGGGUACACAGUCGAGGAGGAUACUCUUUUUUUAUAUACUCAUUGCGUCCACACACCGCGUCUUAGCGGGACAUCCUCGCAGGCGUCGUCGCUCGUGGCCAACAUUGUACCUUCAAACGCGUAUGCAUAUAUAUAUAUAUAUUUUUUUUGACUAAAGUACGUUUGCGGAAUUGUAAUUUGCGAGGGGUAUCGCGGGUGUUCCGACAGGAGGUAGAGAUUAUUUUGUAACUGCGCAGAAAAAAAGAGAGUGAGAAAGGAAGAGACUUUAUCGUCUCAUAUCUCUUGAGGAACAUACGUCACAAAUCGCCCGCGAAUAAUGUACAUACAAAUAAGUCUCAUGAUUCCGUCUGCAUUAUAAAGCUUGAGGUAAUCUGUUGUAA